AUGCAUCUAUCUAUCUAUCUAUCUAUCUAUCUAUCUAUCUAUCUAUCUAUCUAUCUCAGUUUUUCAUAUCUCUCUUUCUCUUUCUCCCUCUCUUUAUCUAUCUAUCUAUCUAUCUAUCAAUAUAUGUCAGGUUGUUCAUAUCUAUCUAUCUAUUUAUCUAUUUAUCUAUCUCAGGUUGUUCCUAUCUAUCUAUCUAUCUAUCUAUCUCGCUCUCUCUCUCUCUCUUUCUCUCUCUCUCUCUCUAGGUUGUUCAUAUCUGUCUAUCUGUUUGUCCAGCUUUCACCUUCUUUCUUUGCAUAUCCCCCUUUCAGUUUUCCUUCUUUUCUAUUUUACCAUCAUUAUUCUUUUUUAUUCCUCAUCUUCGCCCCCCCUCUCUCUCUCUCUCUCUCUCUCUCUCUCUCUCUCUCUCUCUCUCUCUCUCUCUCUCUUUUCUCCUUUGUAAUACCAUUCUUACUGUUCCUAUUUCCCUCUCUCUUUAAUCCAUUGACUUCCCCUCUUGUCCAGUUAUUUUUACUCAUUCCAAACUGUUCUGAUUCCAUCUUCCUUCGAUGUCUUAUCUUCCGUCGCUUCAUCCGGGGCUUUUCCUUUUUUCUUUCUCUCUUCGAUUUUGGUUCAUUAUUUAUUUAUCCAGUAAUCCAUCAAUCUAUCUAUCUAUCUACUUUCUGUCUGUCUGUCUAUCUCUCUGUCUGCCUGUUUGUCAUAUUCUGUUCAUAUCUAUCUAUCUAUCUAUCUAUCUAUCUAUCUAUCUAUCUAUAUAUAUAUAUAUAUAUAUAUAUAUAUUCUGUUCAUUUCAAAUUAUCUAUCUAUCUAUCUAUCUAUCUAUCUAUCUCUAUUCCCAAUUAUAUAUAA